UCCACGGUCACGUCAUCAUCCUGCGUCCCUCCCUGUAUAAAUGAAAGCACGCCGACGUUUGUGGUUCUCGCGAUAACUGGAAGCACCGGUUACCUGCAGGAGGCAACACUGACAACGUUUCGAUUCCUCGCUCAGUUCGCCCGUGUUUCCUGUUGCCUUGGUAACGGUGUCCGGUCUGCGCCCCUUCCUGUCCGCCUUGCCGGAGAGUGACGUCACUGAGACACCAUGUUGUUCUAUUCAUUUUUCAAGUCUCUCGUGGGGAAGGAUGUAGUGGUAGAGUUAAAGAACGAUUUGAGUAUCUGUGGAACUCUGCAUUCAGUUGAUCAGUAUCUGAAUAUUAAGCUGACAGACAUUAGUGUGACUGAUCCAGAGAAAUACCCUCAUAUGUUGUCAGUAAAGAACUGCUUCAUCAGGGGCUCUGUGGUACGGUACGUCCAGCUUCCUGCGGAUGAAGUGGAUACUCAGCUACUCCAGGAUGCUGCUCGGAAGGAAGCUGUGCAGCAGAAGCAGUGAUUUUUGGCGUGCUGGAGUUUGGGGGAAUGCUGGCUGUGCGUUGUCUUUCCUGUGUUCCCCUUGUCUUCCAGACCUUUAAAUGGAGAGAGGGACUCUGAUACCCACUGGUAUCUUAACUCUUUCCCCUUAAGGACUUAACUGGACAAUGCAGUUUACAGCAGUCACAUAAACUUGGUUUUUCGGAGAGAGAUGAUUUGUGGGCCAUGAAUUCGGAUCUCAUUAUUUUUUUUUCUGUUUCUCCUCAUCCUCCUCUUUCUACUUGUGGGGAAAACUAGAGAUGUUCCAUUUACUCCAAUAUAAACAAAUUGGUCUGUAUUUGGAGAGUUCAGCCCAUUUACUAGUGUGGCUUCAGUAGGAUAUGGGUAGCCAAUUACAACUUCCAUUUGUAAAUGGUGAUGUUGAUAGUAAGAAUAAAUAUUACGUUUUCUAAAAGGAGCAAAA